AUGAUGAAGGCAAGUAAAUCCGUUCAAUGUGGAGAGUACUUCAGAAAUAGGUUACAGCUCCCUGUGCAUCAAAGAACCCAUACAGGGGAGAAACCUUUUGAAUGCUCCAAGUACAGAAAUAGAUUUAAUUGUGGAAAGAGAUUUAGUUGGAGUGGGAAUCUUCGACUACACCAAAGAACCCAUACAGGGGAGAAACCUUUUGAAUGUUCAGUGUGUGGAAAGAGAUUCAUUGACAGUUCUACUCUUCAGCGGCAUCAGAGAACGCACACAGGGGAUAAACCUUUUGAAUGCUCAGAGUGUGGAAACAGAUUCAGUCAGAAUGGCACUCUUCAGCAGCAUCAGAGAACUCACACAGGAGAGAAAUCUUUUGCAUGCUCAGAGUGUGGAAAGAAAUUUAGUCGGAGUGGCAGUCUUCAACAGCAUCAGAGAACCCACACAGGGGAGAAACCUUUUGAAUGUUCAGUGUGUGGAAAGAAAUUCAAUAGGAGUGUCACUCUUCAACAGCACCAAAGAACCCACACAGGGGAGAAACCUUUUGAAUGUUCAGGGUGUGGAAAGAAAUUCAGAUUAGAAUGA